CCAAAAGAGUAGAAUGCUUGUUACCUACUCUCUCUCUCUCUCUCUAAAGGACAGAGAAACAUAAAGUCUUUAGUUCUGUUCUUGUUUCAUUUGGAAAAUGCAGAAGCACAAAUGCAAGCUCUGUUCCAAGAGUUUCUGUAAUGGCAGAGCACUUGGAGGUCACAUGAAGUCCCACUUGGUCUCAUCACACACGCCAACUCGGAAGAAACUCAGCGACUCGGUGUAUUCGUCUUCGUCUUCUUCAGAAGGUAAAACUCUGGUCUACGGGUUGCGAGAGAACCCGAGGAAAAGUUUCCGGGUCUUCAGUCAAGAUCCUGAGUCAUCCAUCGUUUACAACAGCGACACCGAACCUGAAUCCGUAGACCCGGUUCGUAAACGGAGCAGGACAGCGGUUUCCAAGAACAAGAAGAAGAAGAAAAGGAGUAAGAAGAUGACGAGUCAUAUUAGCUCUCCCGAACCUGCGAGUUCUGUCUCCGAUGGUUCUCAGGAACAUGAUUUAGCCAUGUGUUUGAUGAUGCUCUCGAGAGACUCAAGGAAGAUUGUGCUGAAGAAACCAGUUUUUGCAGUUGAAGAAACGAAGCCGGAAAAGAGACAAUUCCCGGAGCUCCGCCGCUGUGUGAUAGAUCUGAAUCUUCCUCCGCCGCAAGAAAACGAUGUUACCACCGUAGUUUCGGUCAUGUAAAACAGAUGAGGGUUUCAGAUAUUAUUGGAUACAGUAAAAAAAUCAAAACAUCAUGUUGAUUUGUGGUUUCUUCAGGAUCAUUGAUCUUUAAACUAGUAAACCAUUUAUUAGUUUGGAAUCUUCGUAUAUCUCUAUCAAACAAUGUAAGACAAGAGAUAAAACAAGCAACAAGUACUACUUCAAGA